ACUACUUGUACUUAGGUACACCAAGCAUCCCUCUUCCAUUCACACCUCUUCCUUGGAUACACAUCCUUUUUUAUUGUGUCGCUGCCUUCUAUUGCAGAGUCAUUGUUCCACGACGGCGCAAUUGUUUGCUGUCCUGGCAAACACCUUGCACGCUUUCUAUUUAUUCACCCCCUCCUUAUCUCUAUCCACCACAUUCCACUACCAAUAAGCUCGGACAGAAGCAAGUUCAGCAGUGGUCGGAGAACGAUCUCAACCUCAGAAGAGCUCACUGGACUUCCGAAUACUGUCAAAAAGUACAGUACUGUAGGACUCCCACAGUGUUGCCCACACACCCUUCACCAUGGCUACGCCCAACGGAACAACUACGGACUCCUCCGUUCUGUCAGAGAUCCUGGCAACCCUGAAGAAGAUGCAGACCGACCAUGCUCAGCUAGCAUCCAAUGUCGACUCCCUUCAAAGCCAGAUUGGUGUGUCCAACUCAGUCAAUCAUUUACGUACCGCCAGAAUCGGCAGCAUCAGCUCCCCCAGUCUGGAUCCCAUUCAACUCUCAAAGUCAGCCAACGGAUCUGCCCCUCCUCCACAGGACGCCGCUCUGUUAUCUAAGCCCCCAUCUUCACCAACGGCAAAGAAAUCAUCAGCCAUAGCGCGUAUCAUCCUCACCACGUACCCAGGCCAGUCAGGAAUCGACCCCAUCCCUCUCGAAUGGGGCGAGCGAGAAGCCGCCAAACGCGGGCCCGUCGUCGUCAGCAGGAACCAAGACACGAUCCGGCGCCGCAAUGCUAUCGGCGCCCACGGCGGCUCGUACUCGAUCUAUUCCGCUCUCGCCGUGGCCAGCAACAUCCUUGACCUCGAGCACCGCCCAGACUUCACCAACACCGAACCAGCCGCACUGAUCGGGCCCUUUCCCGCAUGGGGCGACAAGAAGAAAAUCGUCGCCAUGGACCCCUUCGGCCAUCUAGCGCCAUGGCUAUACAAGGACAUCAUUCAAUCCCAAGACAUUGACAUCCGCCCUACCAUCGCUGUUACCAAAGCGCAUAUGAAGAUCCCGGAGCUCGAGCAGAGCGUGCAGGCCGGACGUCUCAAGCCCGACGGCAAGAUCUGCAUCAACGACAGCGGCGAGCUGAGUGUGACCAAAUUCGCAGUCGAGCCCGUCUGGUAUUUGCCCGGUGUGGCGGAAAGAUUCGGCAUCGAAGAAAGCGCGUUACGACGAGCCCUCUUCGAGCACACGGGCGGCUCGUACCCCGAAUUGAUUACACGGAACGACAUCAAAGUCUUCCUCCCGCCCAUAGGCGGCCUGACGGUCUAUUGUUUCGGCGAUCCAGCCAAGAUGUCGGAUCCCAAUGUACGACUCGCCCUACGCGUUCACGAUGAAUGUAACGGCAGCGACGUUUUUGGGUCGGACAUUUGCACGUGCAGACCGUACUUGAUUUUCGGGAUUGAGGAGGCUGUCAAGGAGGCACAAAAGGGCGGGUCGGGUGUGGUCAUAUAUUUCCGCAAAGAAGGUCGUGCAUUGGGCGAAGUCACGAAGUAUCUUGUUUACAAUGCACGGAAGCGCGGCGCCGACAGGGCGAGCGAGUACUUUAAGCGCACUGAGAACAUCGCGGGUGUGAAGGAUAUGCGGUUCCAAGCCCUCAUGCCGGAUAUCCUGCAUUGGUUGGGCAUUACCAAGAUCGAUCGUAUGCUGAGUAUGUCGAAUAUGAAGCACGAUGCGAUCGUUGAGCAGGGGAUUCCUAUUCUGGAGCGCGUGCCGAUUCCAGAUGAGAUGAUUCCUGAGGAUUCGCGGGUUGAGAUUGAUGCGAAGAUUCAUGCUGGGUACUUUACCACGGGGAAGGUGAUGAGUUUGGACGAGUUGAAUGCUGUGCAGGGCCGGAGCUGGGAUGAUAUUGAGCAUUGAGCACUGGUGCUAUGGGUAGUGAGUUGGGGUGCAUGAGCGUAGAAGGGUUUGACGAGAUGUCAUAGAGCAAUGAAUACACGCGUAGUAUUUGAUCCA